AUGAGUGCUCUUUUCCAAGAAAUCAAGGGCCGCCAGCAGGCUUUUAUGAAAGCUUUUAACGCUGGAGACCCAAAGGGUGCGGCUGCUGUCUACGAUCCCGAUGGCUACUUCAUGCCCAAUGGUCGUCAUCCAGUUAAGGGACGUGGAGAGGUCAAUGGAGGUGGUGACUGGGCGUUCGAGAGAGGCAGCUACCAUCUAGAUGGAACUCGUGGAAGAGAGAGUGGAGCUUACCUUCAAGUAUGGAAAAAGGCAAGUAACAGUUCUAUUUUUUUGCGGUUACAUGUCUGCAAUCCAAUCUAA